AUGUCCACAACACUAGACCAACAAAAAGAGGCCGCAUACACCUUGCUCUCUGGUAUGCUCACAAGCGUCCUACAAAAAGAGUGGAAAAUAACAGACCGCCAUUCGGCACAGUCCGCCCUCCUCGACGCACUCCUCCCCAAGCCAGCCCCCACCCCAAUACCAACCCCAAUUCCCAUCGCCCCCACCCCCAUCAAGAAACAAGGCAUCUUCCGCCUAGGCAACAGGACCUUCGAUCUAGGCCCCGAACGCGAUUCAGAAGUCAGUUCCUCCGACGAUGACGACGCUCCGAUCAGGAGUGUAAGACGGUUGAAGAGUGAGAUGCGCAGGGUUAAUACGAUUCAGCGGCGUGCGAAGAGGAGGGUGGGGAGGGGGAUGAGGAGGAUUGAGACGCAUCUUGGGAAGACGGAGGGGGUACUGGAGUUCGAGACUUGGAGGACUACAUCGAGUGUUGCGGAACCCCCCGCCAAGAUGUUGAAGGAGCUGGAGGACUACAAUAGUCCUGCGCGUAGCAGUCCACUCAGCUCAGCGCCCAUGUCGCCGCGAAACACUGAGUUCAGCCCGGUGUCCAGCGAGGCCAACCAGGAGGUUACCGAAUACGACGGUGUCGACAGCCCUAUGUCUGAGCCUGUACAGGUACCCGGACGACUACAAGGGUAUACUUGUGAAGCCUGCGACUUCACAACACGCUAUGUCUCCAGCUGGACACGGCAUUUCCAAGGCCAACCGCACCUAAAUCAGGUAGCGAGGAGCCGACCACGUAAGGGGCCAAACACGAACAUGGUCAAGAAGGCAGUCGACAAGAGACCGCAGCGCUACUGCAGCGACUGCGACCGCACAUAUUUGAUGUCCAGCUGGGGCUGCCAUAUAAGAGGCCGUAUGCAUCUGGACAAUGUUGCGAGGGAUAAGCGAGCCCCUCCGGUACAGGGCAAGAAAACCAGCCAGCAGUAUGCGCGCGGACUGGAGAAGUUUUGCGAGUGUUGCGAUUAUAGGACUAGCACCUAUAGUCAUUGGAUUCGGCACGCGAAGUGUCAGAAGCAUUUGGCUAAUAUGGCCAAGGCGAAAGAGGAGGAGGAGGAUAUCUAUCUUCACGCACCGACACCGGAGUCUGUGGUGCUGUCUGUGGAAGAGGAAGUUGAGAAAGAGGAGGAGUAUGAAGAUGACGGCUUCGGCGAAGAAGGAUACGAAUAUGGUCACUAUUGCGAUGACUGCGAGGUCACGUUUGCUGGUGCGAACUGGGCGCGGCAUUUGACUUCGGCAGGCCACGUGUUUAAUGUCAUUAAAAGUUCUCCGGAGGAUGAGGAUAUGACGUCCGAUGACGAUGAGGAGGAGGAGGAGGAGGAGGAGGAGGAAAGCAUGGCAGACUACGAUUCUGCCACUGAUGGGGAGAGCAUUAUCUACGACGAUGCCACGGAUGAGGAUUCUGCGUCGCCGUCGCCGUCGCCAUCAUCUUCACCCUCGCCGGAGGAGGAGGACGUAUCCAAUGAGGGAAUGACUUUCCCGCACGACGGGACACCGGUUGCCGAUCUCGCCUCGCCCCCUUCCCUCAUAUCUUCGCCCACCUCCCCCGCUUCCCUCGCUUCCUCGUCUCCUUCCGCACCUGCCUGUGCUGAAUUCCUUUCGGAAGAGGACUUCUACUGCGAGACCUGCAAGGUCACUAUCUUGUCUGCGGAUGCUGGGGAGAUUGAUGAGCAUAUCGCUGAUCAUUCGUUUGAGGCGGGUAAGCAGGCUGAGGUGAUCGGGACUGGAAAGGAUUGGUUGAGCCAGCUGAGGGAGGCUGCUGGGUGGGUGAAGGAUGUGGAGGUGGAGGAUAUGAAGGAUAUGGAGGGGAUAGAGGAAGUGGAGCAGGGUGGCAUGAAAUGUGAAUACAAUGGGUGGGCAUGGAGAACGGGGACGGAUGGCAAGGUACUUGGGAGUAUACGGCGUAGUCCGUCUUGUUAG